CUAUAUAUAUAUUUUUUUUUUAUCUUUUCGGGAAGAACAUCAGCAUUUAGUUAACUUAAAACGUUAAAUGCAUUGAUAGUUUAUAAUUAUAUAUCAUAUACUGUUCUUCUUUAAUUUUAAAAUUAAAAAUAUAUUACUUCGCUACUUUACAUGUCCUGAAUUUCCUCGCCAUGGAGAUCCUACCAACUACCAACUUCUCAGUCCCUAUAUGAGAUCUGCGAGGGUUGCUUUCAUCAUUCACUCUGUAGAACAAGAUCAAACCUCGAAAAUGACAGGAGUUCGAAAAAUCAAACUGGGUUCACAGGGUUUAGAGGUAUCGGCUCUUGGUUUGGGUUGUAUGGGCAUGUCAGCUUUCUAUGGAACCCCCAAACCUGAACCUGACAUGAUCAACCUCAUCCAGCAUGCCAUUAACGCCGGCGUUACCUUUCUCGACACCUCCGACAUCUAUGGUCCUCAAACCAACGAGAUCCUUAUCGGCAAGGCUUUGAAGGGAGGGCUGAGGGAGAAAGUGGAGCUCGCAACCAAAUUUGGGAUCAAAUACGAUAGUGAUGCGAUGGAGGUCUGCGGAGAUCCGGCAUAUGUAAAGUAUGCUUGUGAAGCUAGCUUGAAGAGACUUGGCGUUGAUUGUAUUGAUCUUUAUUAUCAACACAGGAUUGACAAUCGUUUGCCUAUCGAAAUCACAAUGGGAGCAAUAAAGGAGCUGGUGGAAGAAGGAAAGAUUAAAUACGUUGGAUUAUCAGAGGCUUCAGCAUCAACCAUUAGAAGAGCUCAUGCUGUGCACCCAAUAACAGCCAUACAACUGGAAUGGUCCUUGUGGACAAGAGAUGUUGAAGAAGAUAUCAUUCCUACUUGCAGAGAACUUGGGAUUGGUAUUGUUGCAUACAGUCCUUUAGGAAAGGGAUUUUUCUCCUCUGGUCCGAAGAUGCUCGAGAAGUUGGAAGAUGGUGACUUCCGUAGGUAUAUGCCGAGGUUCCAAGCUGAAAAUCUUGAACAUAACAAGAUCAUGUAUGAGAGGGUGAAUGAGAUGGCAGAAAAGAAGGGGUGCACCCCAUCACAGCUAGCAUUGGCUUGGGUUCACCACCAGGGAAAUGAUGUGGUGCCAAUUCCAGGAACUACAAAGAUUGAGAAUCUUGAACAGAACAUUGGAGCUUUAUCUGUGAAGCUAACACCAGAAGAUAUGGCUGAACUUGAAGCUAUUGCUUCAGCUGAUUCAGUGAAGGGAGACAGAUAUGGUGCUGGAAUUGCAACAUAUAAGGAUUCCGAUACUCCUCCAUUGUCAUCUUGGAAAGCUUAAUCAAUGAUGCGAAUCUGUAGUUUGGUGUAAGCAUGCUUAAUCAACACUGGGAGAGACGGAGAGUAGUCUCUUUUGUUUCCCAUGUGCUUGUAUAUGCAUGUCUGAAAUAAAAAGGUUAUUGUUUUUUUUAUGAACUCUUAGUAGUACGUUAAUCAAGGUAUUGUAGAGGGAAGGGGUCGAAUACAAUAUUUUAAACCAAA